AUGCCAACUCAAAUAUUAGUCGCCAGAAACUCGACACAAACCAACACCACCACGACCACCAAAGCCCAUGACUCUCCGAUCUUCAAACCCGACAGGGACGGCAUCAUUUCCUUGGUAAUUCUUGGGGCCAUCUUGGCCUUCUUCGUGGGACUUGUACUCCGAGAUCUCGUUGAAAAGAGACGCUCCGGCGAGUUCAAGGAAGACAAGAAGAGUUGUGGACAGUUUUUCAGGACACUUUUCCGCCUACCUUGUAUGAUGUGUAACAAAGACAACUUGACGCAACUGUGGAUCAAGUUCACGAAUCUCUUCCGCUCCAAGGCCAACAAGCGCGUGGUAAAGAAGGCGGAUCAGGACGGAAUCGAACUGGACGAAAGACUCGCAACUGGGAAACCCAUCGGGGUAUUUAAUGGUGCCUGUUCACCCAAGCCGGCCUUUGGUUCAGAGAUAACUAUGAAGAGUAGUCUCAAAGGUAAGGCCGUCGAGACUGCCAUUCUCCCUCGAGUCGCCGGCCAAGGCUUUGCAUCUACUCCUGUACGUGGGGGCAGCUCAGGGUCUAUCCGACACAGCUCUUCUGAACAUGAUAAUACUUUGGGUAUCUCCUAUCCCGAUUUGUACUCGAAGAACGCGGGUUCCAGCUCGACAAAUCACCACCAGGGCGGUGGUUCAAGUUCAGCUUCAGCCAGCCGUAGCCAUUGGUGGUCGUCCGGUCAUGGCCAUGGCGAUGACCAUGGCACUAGCUACAGUCACAGUCAUAGCAACUCCCACAGUCAUGAUUAUGGGUCGCAUUCUUAUGACUUCGGCCACACUGACUCGGGUUGCUUUGACUCUGGUGGCUUUGAUGGUUGCGAUGGUGGUGGCGACUAA